AUGUUUUCCUUCAUUUUGUUAUUUCCUCUCUCUUUUUACUUGUCUUCUAUCUCUGUCUCUUUCUAUCUAUCUAUCUAUCUACCUUUUUGUCUAUCUCUAUCUAUCUCGUUAUUUCUCUAUUUCUAUCUUCAUCUAUCUAUCUUACCUACCUACCUAUCUUUCGCUCUUAGUUUUUUUUAUUUUUCGUUCCUUCUCUCUCCUCUUCAUUUUGUUAUUUCCUCCCUAUUUUUACUUGCUUUCUAUCUCUCCUCUCCCCAACUGUCUCUCUCUCUCUCUCUCUCUCUCUCUAUCUAUCUAUCUAUCUAUCUAUCUCGCUCUUACUCACUGAAUUUCCUUCCUUCUCUCUCCGCUUAUUUUUUACUUUCUCCCCUUUUCUCUCAGGUUGGGCACACAGUUGCUACACUGAUCAUAGAUAAAGGAAGUGUUUAUCCACACUUAAUCUCUCUUUUAUUUUAUUUUCUCUUUUUCUUUUUCAUUUCUUUUUCAUUUGUCUUUUUUUUCAUUUCUUUCCCUUACUCAUUUUCUUUCCUACUCUCUCUUUUAUCCUUUCAUUAUUUUUCUCUUUCUUUUUUUCAUUCCUUUCCCUUGCCCAUUUUCCAUUCCUAUUCUUUUAUCUUUUUCUUCUUUUUUCUUUCUUUUAUCUUUCUCUAUCAUGUCUUUCCUUCAAUCAUUUUCCAUUUCUACUCUCUCUUUAAUCCUUUCUUUCUUUAUCUCUUUUUCUCCUCUUUCUCUUUUUUUUAUUUCCACCUCUUCCACUUUUUUUUCAUUUCUUUCCCUUACACAUUUUCCAUACCUACCUUUCCUUUCCCUUCCUCUUCUUCUUUUCCUACCCUCUUUGUUUUUCGCCUUUUUUUUUUUUUUUUUUUUUUUGCGUCCAUAUUUUUCUUGGUGCUUGAAAACGACGUAGUAAAACUGACAAUAUAG